CACUCAGCGAGUGGACGGUGGAGUGAAACAUGCCCUCCGACUUUCUAACACCUUUCCUGGAACUGGAUGAGGAGUUCUGCAAGAAUUUCCAUGGCCUGGAGGUGACAGAUGGUUUGUCCACCAGCUCGCAGCAGCAGCAGCAGCGGCAGCAGCACAGUCAAAGAGUCCUGGGCUUCCAGCGUCGCCAUUCUCUCUGCCCCGUGACCCUCCCCAACUCCAAGUUCAACAACAGCAGCAGCAGCAGCAGCAGCAGCAGCUCUGAGGUGAGCGAGUCGGCCUGCUGGGGGAUCAACAUGGCCUCCAACCAGCAGUGGAAGAGGGAAAGUCAGCUUCCUCGCUCCUCGCUCAGUCAUAUCCCCUUCAGAGUCGACCGCUCGGUCAGCAUGAUCGAGGGCAACGUCAGCAGCCUGGGAGGCAGAGAGGACAAAAUGGCGAACGUUUGUCCGCCACUGCCGCUCCCUCCUCCAGGCUUCUGCAUCAGCAACACCUCCCUCUCCUCCACCACCUCCCCCACUGCCUCAAGACCCCUGGCCCCCUCGCCUCACAUCUCCACCCGCUACAAGACUGAACUCUGCCGCACCUUUGAAGAAAGUGGGGCCUGCAAGUACGGCGCCAAGUGCCAGUUUGCCCACGGCUUGGACGAGCUGAGAGGCCUCAGCAGGCACCCAAAGUACAAGACGGAGCCUUGCCGCACUUUCCACACAAUAGGCUUCUGCCCAUACGGCGCCCGCUGCCACUUCAUCCACAACGCUGACGAGCUCCAAACCGGCAACGCCGGCGCUCCACAGCAGAAGCAGAAGCUGAGGCCUCCUCUGCUUCGUCACAGCCUCAGCUUCGCAGGCUUCUCCUCCUCUCCGCAGACUUUCCAACCGGUCGAGGAGUCGCAGCCUAACCCUCUCAUCUUCACUCGGGCCUCCUCUGUGUCUCCUCCUCCAUCCUCCACAGGGAGCCCAGAGCUCCUCUCUCCUCUCUUCCCUGAGCCGGGGGCACUGAAGCACUGCCCUUACUCCUUCUCUGGCAUCUCAGAACUGGCCAAUGACAGCGGAGAUUCAGCUCUGCACUUCUACGCUGUCGCAGAUUCCGUCGGCGCAAGGUGUCCCACAUCCACUUUCACCUCCAAAAACCCAAACCUCCCCUACCACCUCCCUCAGCAGCUGCCAGUCUCCCUGAACGGCCUCCCAAGCCUUCAGCGCUGCUCCUCGGCAGACUCCCUCUCCGAGGAAGGCUACACCUCCUCUUGCUCCCUCAGCUCUUCCUCCAGUGGCACAGAGUCACCGAGCUUCGAGGGCCGACGCCUGCCCAUCUUCAGCCGCCUGUCUGUCGAGUAGAGAAGGGUUUUACUGCGAGGCUGAAUUUAAUCAGGGAUAGAUGGUCUAAUUGUUGUAACUUUAUGUGACUAGGAUCUUGAUGUUUUUGUGUCUAGUCCAAAAAAAACCAAAGGAGCAGCUUUGACACAUAAAAGUUCAGAUACAAGUCACAGAGGCUUCAAACAUUAGGUUUUCAGUUCCUCCAUAAAUCCAGCCAGGUAAACGUACCUAACUUUGUGCAUAUUGCAUCUCUCAUCAACGCAGUUGUAGCGCUGCUCAGUGUUCGUCCAGUUUUAGCUGACUUCUCUUUUUUGUUUUGUUUUUUUUGGGUUUUUUUUUUUUUCUUUGUAAGGUUGUUCUUACUGCUGUAUACUGUUGUAUACCCGUUUUUAGGGAAUACUUAGGGGGGUACUUCACUGUUCCUGCUCAGUGGGAAGUUCUGUGUUAGAAUUUCCUGUACUCUGCUUUAAGAAGGAGUUUAAGAUUAGUGAUGUUUGCCCUAUGUAUGACUGAUGUGCAUUCCACGUUUUCAUAUAGCAAUGUUGUUUUGUUUUCUUACAAAUCUUAUUCCUUAUUUUCCUGCUUACAAACAGCUUCAGUGAUACCAGCUUGCAGCACUUCUUCAGUCAUAUUUAGGGCUCUCGAACGGUAUGAAACCAACCUCUUGUCAGUGAGUAAGAGGGUUAAAUAACUGUAUGCUGUCACUGAUUGAUUGAUUUUAUUGAUUGGUUGUAUGGCUGUGGCCAGUUGAUUGUAUUUAUCAGCCAUUUUUAACUGCCUGGCAAGGAUUCAGCUAAACUGCCUUAGCGACAAAAAAAAUAGCACAAGUGUAGGCAACCCACUGAUUCUCUAGUUACCAAAGUUGAUGAUAGAGUUCCCUUUACCUCCUAGUACUGUUAACACCUAGUUUAGCCAUGACAGGUAAUACACAGUGUUAUGAUUAUUCUUAUUAUAGCCUAACACUUUUUUUUUUUUUUUAGACUUAUUUAUUUCUUUUUGUAUCAUUUGUUUCUUUCAGAGUUUGCUUUGUGAUUGUGUUUAUGGAUUUUUUUCUUUAUGAUGCCGGAGAAAUUAUGCUUUACUUAUGCAUUCAUGUUGUCCGUCUGCUUGGUUUACGCUAUCCAGUAGCUUUAAGGAGGCUUGUGGAGAGGAGAGGAAAGGGGGAGGGGGAGGGAGGGGAAGAAAUUUUGGCAUUCUACAUGUAUGUUGCCUUAUUGGCUAUUAGGCCUGGCAGAAAUCAAGACUCGUUGAGUUUUCACACCAACAGCUACAGUUGUUAGUCGGGUUUCUGAACUUUUGGUCGUCGUCAUCCAUCAGUAACUGCUGUUGGUGUGAGCACACAGCGAGUCUUCUCUCCUCUCCGUCAAGCCUCACACCUCUGACUGUAAUAACCUGUUUUUCCGAUUGUUUACUGCUGUUAUUCAUAGAAAAACAGUAGUGAAAGAGGGCUUCGCCACACGUUAAUAGCGUCAGUGUGGGUCAUCAGUGGUAAAUAAAAGGGUGGGUAGAUUGUGUGAGCAACAGUCUGGAAGUCAAAGGAUCACCAAAAGAAAUGAAAAAAUCUAUUUAACUGUCAUGAAAGAGCAUAAAUGUGAGUGUCUAUCAGGACUGCCGUACUGCUGCGUGAUGCUCUUAGUGUUUAGGGAAUUCCUAUGUGUUUAAAACCUUGUGUUCUUCUCUUGUGGUGAAAACACACAGGUGAAAAGGUGACCUUUGUUUAUAGUUGGUUUUUAUCUAUCAGAGUUGCCUCGAUGACAAUGCGUUUGUAGGUCGACCUCUGUUGCACGCUAGCUUGCUAGCUAACUUCUUUUUUUAGCGGUGGGGGGAAAUCAAGAGAGUUCAAGUGAAAUCAGGCGAGAUUGUUAUUGUUUGUUUGUUUGUUUUUUCGUCAUGAAACCGACUCCUCCUGCCCCGUCGAGUCCAGAGACGCUUCGUGCUGUAGCUUACUGUUAGCUUGACUUGACAGCGAGCCGUGUUUUUUUUUUUUUUUGGUAACUUUUGUUAACUUAAAGUCUUAUUUAUUUUGUUUUUCAAAGCAAAAACUUAU